GUACUUACCUAAGGUAGUAGUAAUUAUUUCACAUGCCUUAUUUUCAGUUGCUUUAGCUUACCUUUGACUUACAUAGGAUUAGCUUAUUGACAUAACCCCUCCACAUAUCAUCAUCACAUACCUUAGGUUAGGUACCUCUUAUAUGCACUCAUACCCAUGAUUUCAAACUGCGGCCCGCCAUGAUAAACGCAGUUUUGGUCUUCAACGGCCAGGGCCAACCUAGGCUUACCAAGUUUUAUACCCAGCUGGAAACCAGCAUCCAGCAGCGCCUCAUCUCCGAGAUCUUCACGCUAGUUUCGAACCGCCCGGACGGCGCCUGCAACUUCCUGCCGCUGCCCCCUCUGCUCGCGGCGUCGGGCACCUCGCACUCGGCGUCGGAGCCGCACAACGACGUGCCCUCGCUCGUGACGUACCGGCACUACGCGACCCUGUACUUCAUCGUCAUAUCCACGUCGACCGAGUCGCCGCUCGCCCUCCUCGACCUCAUCCAGGUGUACGUCGAGGCCCUCGACAAGCUGUUCGAGAACGUCUGCGAGCUCGACCUCAUCUUCAACUUCGAGACCCUGCACGCCGCCCUCAGCGAGAUGAUCGUCGGCGGCGUCGUCAUCGAGACCAACCUCGACCGCAUCGUCGCCGGCGUCCGGUCCCAGGGCACCAUUACGAAGCGGCCCGUCAACGAGUCUAGGGGCACGGGGCUAGGCGCUGGGUUAAGCGUGGGAGGGCAUUUCGUAUGGCCUGGCAGGUGAUUGAUUCCCCGCGCCCGUGUACCGGCACGGAGUAUACAUGCAUGGAGAUGGUGUCUGGCGUUUUUUUUUAACGAAGGUUUACGGAUUGGGGCAGGCAUGAAUAAGAGAGAGAAAAAGACAGAGAGAGAAGCAUCGUCUUUUUUUAGUACAGUAUCCCGACUUUAUAUACGGGUGCAAAUAACAUCGAGUGGGUAUUUUUAAACACCACCGCCGCCGCCAUCACCACUCCUAAACUCCUACCAUCCAAUGCAAUGCGAGGCUCGUAAUAUGCAGAGAAGGAUAUAUAUAUAUAUGUGUGUGUGUGUGUUAUUUAUUUGGAAUUCGGAACGGGUAGCAUAUCGGGGACUCGUCUCUCAUAUCUCUUUUCGGGCGAGAAUGCGCCCAGCGUGUUCCAGAACUUAUCCCUUAUCUAAACAUCAUAGUCAGACUAUAUUAGGUACAUAUAUAUAUAUGACGCAGCGACUUUUGGGAAGGAUUUGACGUACCUCUUUGAACGGCUGGUUCUCGGAUUCCCACUCCAUGAAUAAGACCGCAUAGACCAGGACAGCUACGGUAGAAACGCAAUGUCAACGCAAGCGCUUCAUAACCUUUAAAAUUUAAAAUACAGGACAGGCCCUUAAACUCACUAGUUACGCUGAACAGCUGUACC